AUGUAUGAAGUACACUUUGGGUACCAGUUGAUAGCACCAUGCGAUGCUACAGUGGAGCUCAAACAUCUGCUGAGAAAUGGAAUUAAAAUGUAUGCUUGGUAUGCCCCCAAAGUGCGCAAGUUUAUCAAGCCCCCAUUAUCUGAAGAACAUCAAAAUGGCCAGCAAUGUUUGCUGCUGCCAAAAG